AUGAAAAUUGUACCUGAAAGUUAUAUAUGUCGUCUAAAUAAUACGGAAGUCAUAGUUUAUAACGUACCAAUGUUUGUCAAACGAAAUACAGAGUAUAUCAACUUAGAAUCAGGAAUCGAAGAUACUGAAGAUAAAUAUGAUGUUCAAUGGUUUAUGCGUACAAUCAAUUCAACAGAUGUUGCUUUUAGAGAAAAUUUUAAUUGGCUAGUAUUUUCUUCAAGUAUUCUGAAAAUAUGGGAGUCACACGAAGGAAUGCGUCUGAGUCGUGAAUGUGAUACGGCUGAAGAUGGUCGAAUUGCCAUAUUUAGUAAACCCCGUGGAAAACGAAAACUGAUAUCUAGACCAAUAGAUAUUAGAAACUUAUCAUCCGUCCAUUUUCGUAUUGGAAGUGGAAAUUGUCCUAUAUCACCGUCAGAUCCAUUAGUAAAGAUUUAUCUAUCUGCUGAUGAAAACUGCACAGAGUGGCUUGUUAUAUAUUCAACAAAGAUAUUUCCUGGUGUCGAACAUGUGACAAUAACUGCUGAAACAAUCAUGUUACAAACAAGUUUAAACAUGACACAUGCUUGUAUCAAAAUCGAACAAUUAGGAUCAAAAUUUUCUGGUUGGUGGUUUAUUGAUGAUCUGUUAUUUCUCCGCCAAAAUAUGAGAAAAUUGACCGUGUUGCAAGAGACAUUUAAUUUAAUGAAGACAUCGAACUGGUUCCAUCUACCCGGUGCCAAACUAGAGAUAUGUGAUAAACAACUUGGUCUGGUAUUUGAGGCCAACAACAAGAUUAAAACUGAAUCAGGCGCAACAACUAUCGACAUGUCUUUGACAACGGACUAUAGUGCAGACGCUAUUCUGUAUUUGUGGAAUUAUACUGGCAACAAUGAAAAUCAAACAUGCUCUCAAAAUGAUGUUGUGGCAUUUAACCAAGAAACUUUUCGUCAGCUAUGCACACCACUUCUUGAUUUAGGUCAUAUUGACAACAUUCGAUUUACACUGUCUGCAGAUUUGUGUAGCAAACGAUCAAAAUAUUCACCAACCACAGAAGCAGUUAUUUUUCUGUCCGUUGUAUAUAACUCAAGUGAUCAUUAUUCUCGCACAAUCAAACGAAUAUUAUUGAAAGACGUGCAGCAAAUGAAAACAUUUCAUGUUCGAGUGAAUGAGAUUGCCACCGUAGAAAAUCGUUAUGGUCGAUUUUGUUUGAGUCAAUAUCAAUCAUCUAUGAAAAAUAUCGAUGUAUGGGGUAUUCAAUCAAUCAUUUUACUGCCACUAUUUCAGAAAAAUAUAACACAUUACGUUCAAUUUGAUUUAAACACUCAUUGCAAUUCUACAAAUUUAUUGGCUGAAAGCGUGAUGGUCGAUUUUUCUCUGAAUUACGGAAAAUCAUGGCAACGUUUAUUAAAACCAUGUUUGCUAGACAACUGUUUGGGUCCUGAGCAUAGUUACAGUUCAAGUAUUAAUUUACAAUUACGUAAUUGGCAACGUAUUACACUACCUAUUCCAAUUGCGGCUUUGCAAGAUAGAGUUCGUUUUCGAAUCUAUACUAAUCCAAAUUUACCAGAAUCUGGUGUAUGGGCAAUAGAUAAUGGAAAAGCUCUCGUGUUUUCAAAACCUGGUCAGCGACUUUUGAGGGUAUACAAUGUUAAUGGAACCACACCAAAAUUGCUCGAGUUUACAUUACGAUUAGGCAGUACUAGUCUACAUUGUUAUUAUCCAUCUGAUGACACAAAAUCAAUUAUUCUACUAUAUUCAUGUAGUAAUGGUGUUCACUGGGAAAUCAUUGAUCUAUUUCGUAUUUCGAAUAUAUUAGCACCCGAUUUUGGAACAAUAACAAGAAUUUUACCAAACCUUGCUGAUGAUGGAGAAGAUUGUCAAAUAAAAUUUCGACAACUAUAUCAUGCUGGAGAAGAUCAAGAUGUAUGGGCAAUUGAUGACAUCAGUAUUAGUGAUCUUCAAGAUUUGAAUGUAUCAGUCGUAAUUUUAAAUGUGUAUUUGGAUAAUGAACUAUUAAUACCAUUGAUUAAUUCAACAGAUGUCUCGGGAGUACAUUUUCAAGCCAUGUUUCCCAAUAACGAUACUAGUGAAAUGAUGAUGUUAGAAUGCUCAUCGAUCGGAGGAAUAAAAUGGUUAAACAUUGGGGAAUUCAUGUUGAACAAUUUGACAAAUGAUUAUUAUGUCAUUUUACCAGAAUUUUGUAAAGAUAAACGCACAUUAUUUCGAUGGAAAAUGAUAACGAGUAAUGCAUCUGUUUUUCGAAUGUUAAAUAUUGCAUUCUCGACUAAUCAAAUACGACAUCAUAUUAGCGAUAGAUUUAAGAAUGUAAAUAGUUUCAAAUGGCUUUAUGAUACAUAUGAAGUUAAAACUUGUCCACAAGAAUCAAAUAGUACUUGUGCUUUUAUUCAAAAAACAGCUAAUUCAAUAUAUAGAUUAACUUCAACAGUUAUUACGUUAAAAGAUGAAAGUAUUUUUACUUUUGAGCGUGUGUCAUAUAAAACCAAUGAUAUAAUAUCAGUAGAUUAUACAUUGGACAAUGUGACAUGGAUUUCAUUAGACCAAGAAUGUGAUGAUCACUAUCAUGAAUACUGUGAUAACAGCAAAACUACCAAUAAAAAUCGAUUUGCUUAUAAAAUUCCAACUAGUCUUCUCAGCCGAUCAGUCAGCUUUCGUAUUGAAAGCAGAAAAACAUUUACAUUAAAAAGUGUUUACAUUGGAACGCCAUGCUUCGCAAAUUGUUAUGGUCAUGGUAUUUGUCAGUGGGAAAAUAAUCAGCCAGUCUGUUAUUGUGAUUCACUAAACAACACAGAUUUAAAUUGUUUACCAACUAACGUAUUAUUAUCAUCGAUGUUUGAAACAUUUUCUGGAGAUUUGAAGACUUCAAUUUGGCGUGUUGUUAAUGGACAAGCAACAACACGUUGUCAUAAUCGUCGUAGUACAUCAACACCAUAUCUGUGCUUUUCAACUGGUACUACUAAAUUUGCUAUUGUUGGUCCGUUUGCAACGAUUAAAUAUGUAUCAUUUAAAUUAGGAAUGGUGAAUAUAACAAAUGAUUGUUUAAAUGUAGUUUUAUUUCAAUAUAGUUAUGAUAAUGGUAUAUUAUGGAAUACAAUAAAAAUGUUUGAUAAAAGUGAUUCUGUAAUUCAAUUCUUUUCAUAUUUGAAAAUUAAUAAUAAUAUGUAUCUACGUUGGAUUGAAACACAAGACUCGAAUGAUCAUAUGUGUCUGAUAUGGAAUUUACGCGGUUUAAUAAUACGUACUAAAGAAGAGAAUCCACUCGAUGAUAUUUGGUUUCAAAAUAAUUUAAUUAAUGUUCAAAAUAUAACGAAUGCUACACAAAAAAUUAAUUAUGAAGCACAAACAUGGGAAUAUUAUAUUAAUCCUGAUUCAAUUUUACAAUUUGAUCUUGUAAUGUCUGAAUAUUUCGAUGUAAAAACAAAUACUAGUAUCGAUUGGCAUAUCACUGUUGAUGUUAAUUUUGAGGCAAAUCGACAAUGGAUACCUUUGAUACCAUCAUGUAAUAUGUCAACUAAUUUAUGCGAUGAAACAGUAUGGGAAAGUGGUUCAACACUCUUAUCCUCAUUUUACACUAAACAAAUACGAAGAGUAAUUUUACCAAUACCAGAUAAUUAUUAUUAUCAAGAGGUUCGUUUUCGAUGGUCGUCAAAUCGAGUUGGCUUUGCAUUUGCUUUGAACAAUGUCUUUAUUGGUUCAAAAUGUAUGUGGUAUUGCUCAGGACAUGGCACAUGUACUCAAGAUAGUUGUCAAUGUGAUCCAGGUUAUGUACUGCCAUUUUGUUCGCUUGAUAUAUCCGUAAUAAAUAAAGAAUUGAUUUUAAAUGAAAAUAUCUUGUUUUGGGAUAAAAUAUGGGGAUUUGAAAUGCAGAAAUGUGCAAACGUGGAAAAACGAGUAUUUAUGAAGAGUGAAUAUCGAGGAUUGAUGAGUAAAGAGUUAUCUUUCGUUGAUAUUCAAGCUGUACGUAUUCAACUUGACUAUUAUUGUGAUAACAAUAGUAAUUCAAUAGAUGAGUUCACGGAUUUCAUUCGUGUGCAAGUGUCGACAAGUAACGGUGUAGUUUGGGAAUUAUUAUCUAACAUUGGACAACAGACAAAUAAAGUAUGGAUAGUUGAUAUACCAGAAGAAUUUCGUUUGGAUUCUAUUCGUAUUCGAUUAUUUCAAAAUGUUCAAAAAAAAUGGAGUUCAAGUUGGAUUUUAGAAAAAUUUGAAUUAAUACCGAAAGAAAUGCCAUCAAUCUGGAAUAUGACAAAUAUUAACUUCCAAACGAAUACAUUUUGUAAACAGCAUUUGAAUAAUGAUACAAAAUAUAGGUAUCAUUCUUCUGAAAACAUUGAGAUAUACUCCACAAUUGAUAUCAAAUUGACUAAUUAUACUGUGGUAUCAUUUCAGAUAGAAAACAUGUGUAAUAGAAGCUCACUGCGUAAGACAUUACCAAUUUUAUUAGAAUAUUCUAUUGACUACGGUUUAAAUUGGAUAUUAAUUGAACGACGAGCUACCAAACGCCAUGAUCUCUAUGUCAUUCAACCAUUACAAUCAAUCUUAAACACUUUUUAUGUGCCAUUGUAUCAGUAUCGACAUAUUGCAAAUUUUUUACGAGUUCGUUGGAUUUCAAAUAUGUUCGAAGAUAUGUGGAAUUUAAAAGAGAUUUAUAUUAGAAAUGAAUGUGAAAUGUUGUGCGAAAUCUUAAAACAGUUAAAAAUAUGUGAAUUAAAUGAAUGUCAAUGCAAAAAUUGUUCACAGUCUGAAGUUACAAAUUUUCCUACAACUUUAUUGGAAACAUUUGAUGAUGAUGAAAGUCAGUUAUUAGAUUAUGAGAUGAAUUUGAUAACAGAUUAUUGUCUAGUUUAUAAUGGAAAAAGUUAUCAUUUCAAUAGUUUUGUGCAACAAUCAUUAAUAUUGAAACCGUUGAAUCUUCUAUCAGUGCGAUGCAUCGAAUUCCACAUAAGAAUUGGUUGUACAAAAACAAAAAACUCUUUAAAACGUGCACCAUCUGUAUCGUUACGAUAUUCGUUAAAUUUUGGAAUAACGUGGAAAAUCUUUGAAACAUUUACGUGGGAAUCAAUGGGAACCUUCUAUGUUCACAAAGAGUUAACAGAUGAUAUUCGUAAAAAUGGUGUCCUAAUUCAAUUUGUUCAACAUUCGAAUCUAUCAGCAACCGUCGACUGGGCAUUAGAUCAGAUAAUUAUUGGUGGUUCAGUCGAUUUACAACAUUCACUCUAUACAAAUUUUGGUAUGGCAUCACAUUCUUUCACUCAUAUACUUUCAAUUGUGGGAAGACAAGUUACAGUAGAUCGUACAUUUAUCGUUUUUGAUAUCGAUUUUGGUUACACAUGGAAUGCUAUUGAUGAUGAGAAUUUCAGAGAACUUACCCAUUUAUUAAUUGAAAUAGUAAACAAAUCAUAUGUAUUAACAUGGUCAAUUCCAACAACAAUUCGAUCAAAUCAUAUUAGAUUUCGUAUUCAACUCAAUACCUCAUGUACUAAUGGUAAAAUUGGCAUUCGAGAGUUAUAUAUCGGCGAUGAAUGUAAAAAUGCGUGUAAUGGUCAUGGAAUGUGUUCGAAUGGAUCAUGCAGAUGUGAAUCUGGUUGGACGAAUGCUGAUUGUAGUUUAUCUCUUGCGGGUUUCCCAAAUGAAUUAGAUAUUCUUAAUACUGAGUAUUACACGACAACAGGUGCAUUAAAAGGCAAUAAAUGUAAUGUUUCACAUAGUUUUAUUUUUAUAGAGCUGCGUGUAACUCAAGAUCCCAUUCCUGGUUCAUUAUUAUCAACACCAUGGUCUAUCGAAGAAUUCAAUGUAUUUCAUAUUCAUAAAGAACUUCGUUGGUCUUCACAAAUGAAUGAUAAUUGGAAUACAACAUUUUUAGAUGGUAUUCAUAUUGAACGUGGAACAUUUUGUCAUAUUCCUUAUGUUUUUUUGAUUAAUUGUAAUCAUUCAAUGUUAAUAACAAAAGAUGUUUAUUAUUCAAGAGAUUAUAUUCUUCAACUAGAAAUAGCAAAUGGUUGUGGAAAUCAGACAAAUGAUAUUUAUAUUGAUUAUUCAAUUGAUCUCGGAGAAUCAUGGUCUAAUUUAGCGAGUUAUGAAUUAAGUUUAACAACAAUUUUUAUUCCACCAACUAACGAUUACGUUCGUGUCACUGUACCAUUUAAAGUGUUGACUAGUGUGUGCCGAUUGAAUACUGUCGUUAAAAAUGUUCGUUUUCAUGUUAGUGCCAUCCGAUUUCGAUUUCACAGUAAUGAUACAUGUACUAAGAAUUAUCCAAUUUGGUCCUUACGUUACAUUCAUAUUGGAAAAGCAUGUCAAAUGAAUUGUUUUGGUGCUGGACGAUGUGAAAAUGGACAAUGUAUUUGUAUGGAAGAUAAAUGUUCAACAAAAAUGUCUACAAUGAAAAAUUUUAGAGAAAUAUUUGAAAAUGGUUUUACAUCGAACUAUUGGAUGUAUCAUGAUUCGUAUACUCACUAUACCGAUAAACUAGGAACACAUCAUGUUUUAUGGACUGACAUAAAUAAUUAUAGUAAACAAGCCAUUACACGACCUAUAGAUUUACGAGAAAUUGGUGCCAUAAAAUGGACAUACAAAAUAAAUUCAACAUGUAAUUCAUCAUUAGAUCCAGUUUAUUUACUAAUUUCAACUGAUGGUACGUUAACAUGGAAGGUGUUACACAAAGCAAAAUUAACAUUAAAUUCAUCAGACUAUGCCACAAAUAUUGAAUAUAUCGAUCGAAAAAAAAAUUCUAUUGCACAAUUUAGAUGGUAUCAACCAAAUUCUAUUCGUAAAUUGUCAUGUAAUUUCACAUGGGGUUUUACGCGAAUAAAUAUGGCGAAAUUAAUUAAUCCACAUUUUCUUACGGAUUAUUUUUACACGUUUAUUCGGGAUAACUGGGACUAUAUCGAAGGUGGUACGUUGCGAAUUGAUCAAUGUAAUAAUAAUCAGCCAGCAUUAGUCUUUGAUCGUGAGAAUUUCACGGCAAUAUCGACACCAGUCAUUGUACAAAAUUUUUACGUUUUGGUCUUUCAAUUUAAUACAGAGUGCACUGGCGUAACACAAUGCCAAAAUAUUAGUACAAAAUUGACCUUUAAAACAAAUAUUCAUUCAGAAUGGGAAAAUUUAGCCGAUUUACCUGAAUUAUCAUGUCAAACAAAUUUAAUUAAUGGCGGUUAUUUCAAUAUGCGAACAAUUAAAUUACCUUCAGUAGCCUAUUCAAGGUAA